UUUUAUCGCAAGUAUAAAUCUUCUUAGAUGACCACCCUUGGAUAAGACCGGCCUUCACAAUCAUUAGCCUGGUACCCUCAUGGCGUCGCCUUUUGCUGCUCUCCCGCCUGAACUCCUGCUCCUCAUCUUCUCGCUGGCAUCUACUCACCGUCCUACUGCUGUAGCAUUAUCACUUGUCUCGCACUGGGUGCGCAACCAUGUCGAACACAACCUCUACCAUACAGUCUCCCUCUCAUCCAGUCGCUCCCUCGUGGCAUUCAUUGCUACUCUCGACUCCAAACCGUAUGCCUUCGCGCAUAAUCUGGUGAAGAGGCUGAGCAUUACCGCACUGGGCCCCAUCAACAAUAUAGAUCAAGUGCUGAAAAAGUGCACUGGCGUGACAAGUCUCAUUUGUGGAUUUUCCGUCCCUUCUUACGUCCACUGUGCUUGGAGCCUAAAGCAGCCUGUCGCCCCGCUGGAAACCACAACAUUUCGCCUUCCUAUUGCACCCCACAAACAAUACCUCAUAGCGCUUGCUUGUCGAGAUGGCCUCGACAUGUCCAUCAUCUCUCCUCUAGUCACGCAUCUCAGAAUACAACUAACCCCUGCUACAACGUUUGAGAGCGUUGCUCGUCUUCGAGAGCUACCUUAUCUCACACAUCUGGCAAUUUCGUACAGGCACGGGCUGUAUGGGAGUGUUAACUCCAUUAAGGAGAUGCUUGGACCCGUUUUGGAGGAAGGAAGAUUGAAGAUUCUCGUCAUCCAUGUCACGGGUGCAGGGUGCAAGGCACACUGCAAAGAGAUUGAAAAGUGGCGCACUGAUUCUAUCAUCGAGGUUAUCGGUACCCCUAUGCAAAGGUGUCGCUUCCCUACCCUAGUCAUAGCGGAACGAGCCACAGCCGUUCUCCCUCAAUGGGAAGAGGGGGAUAACAUUUGGGAUGUCAACCCCAGCCACUGUUCAUACUGAGAGCUCACAUCGCAAUCUAUACACUUCAAUCACAUCUAUGGGUCAUAUCUACUACAAUUCCCAACCAAGUGCGCCGCUCGUUCAGUAUAUAGUGAAUACGAAUUGUUAGGAAGCUAAAAUAUCUCGUGCCUAUCUCGUGCGUCUAUUCUUCAAUGCCCCGCCAGCCGCAAUGUAGCCUAUUUUACUUCAUGUCAGCUGUUUUGAGUACAGAAGAGUCAAUAUGAAGGCUAUGAUCAAUUUACUCGAAGUACCUCUGGAGAGGCCAGACCUUCUGGUUAUCGUUUGACCGAUUGGCCUUCAUAUGGGCAUGAAUUUGCAGCAAGCCUCGGAUGACUCUAUCGUUCUGCUCGUGACAAUUUUUCGCAUACAUUGCGAUUCACGCUGAGCUGAAAGAAAUCACAGCUUGUAGAAUGAGAGGUUGUAAGUAGU